UUAAUAUUUUUUUUUUUUGUUGUUUAUAUACAUAUAUUUUUUCUUAUAUCGAGUGAUUAUUCAGAAGUAUUAAUAAAAGAUGAAUAAAAAUUUUUUAAAAAAAUUGUCGGAUCUCUAUAAGAUUUGUUUGUAUUACAAUUAUAAAAUAUUUAUAAUUGCAAAAAAAAUUUUUGAGUUCCUAAAGUUAUAUUUAGUUUAUAUAUUUAUAUAGUUAUUGUUUAUAUAGUUUAUAUUUUCUUGAGUUCCUAAAGUUUAUGAUUAAUUAUUAUUCAUCGAUACGAUCAAGUCACGUAUAAUUUAUUAUUAUUAUUCGUUUAUUGUGACAUUUGUGCACGUCUGUCACGUGUGAAAAUAAUUCUUUAAAAAAUUUAUCAUCGAAGAAAAUUACUUUGCAUUGAACGAUAACUCAAAUAAUAAAUGGAGCAUUGUUUGACAAGUGGAAAAAUUUACAAAACAAUGAAAUUUUUCAAAACAAAAGAGAAAAGGUUAUAAAUAUGUUUUUCAUAAUAUAUAUUCGGGAGAAGUUCAAGAAGAAACAACAAAAUUUUUUUACGUUCAAAAAAUAAAUAUACGAUAUUAUUUUUAAAUUUUUUUUACAAUUCAAUUAUUAUAUAUUAUAACAUUUUUUAUAAUUAUUGUAUUAUUAUUAAACAUAUUUUAUUAUUGUGAUAUAUGUUUUUUAGAUUGUUGUUUUUCAUCUAAUAAUAUACAGAUUUUUAAUAUACAGAUAUUUGCAUUAAUACAUUUAUUUUUCUCGCUAAAUUUAACAACAUAAAUGAAAAAUCAAAAUAUUCUAAAAUACAUGUUAAAUGACUAAUAAGUUACAUUGAUAAAAUAUUUUUUAAGAAAGAAAUUCAACACUAAAUAUUCGUUUCAUUGAAAAUAAAUAAUCGGACAUAAAAUACGAAAAUAGUGAAAUUUCUUCCAAUUUAAAUAAAUUUCAGUAUUUAUAUUACUUUAAUAAAUAUAAAUAGUAUAAAGAUCAUAAAAGUGUGAAAAUAUACGCAACUCGCUAUAAACCGGUUCAAAUAAAACAUGAAAGGCGAAUACGAAGAAUUAAUCUGUUUUAAAUAUAUUCAGAUCAAGAAAUAUAAAAGCCAUGUGCGUCAUUCAAUGAUGAAAAUAGAAGUAAAAAAAAAAAAAAAAAAAAUUUAGAAUUUUCAACCGAAACAUUAGUCACAUUGUUGAAAACACUUCUCCUAUAUUUUGUUUGCUCCACAACAAUAACGUGAUAAGAUGAGUUCGAGUGAAAUAAUUGCAUCGAAUAGACAAUAGAUGUGACUCGUAUUGAUAAAAUGGUAAAUUGGUGGCAGAGGGGAUGAUUGACCUUUGGAUACAGUGAAAAGAGAUUACGUAAAUGACGAUGGUUUAUAUAUUAGAGACACGAGUAUUUUGCAACGUAGACUGACUAUGAUGCCCGCGAUCGUGUUAUUGUUGGCACUGCUCACGUUGGCAGCGGGUGAAAUUUCUCACAAUGACCCACAUUUUGCUCCUGGCCACGACGCUAUCGUCCAUCUCUUCGAAUGGAAAUGGGGCGACGUUGCGAAAGAGUGCGAACAAUUCCUUGGACCUGUAGGUUUUGGUGGAGUUCAGGUAUCACCGGUACAAGAGAACAUAGUGAUCGACAAGAGGCCAUGGUGGGAACGUUAUCAACCGAUUUCCUACAAAUGGGUCACGCGAUCGGGCACGCGAGAACAAUUCAUCGAUAUGGUGGCGAGAUGUAACAAAGCGGGUGUACGGAUCUACGUGGACGUCAUAAUGAACCAUAUGUCCGGUGAUUGGAACGACGCACGCGGUACAGGGAACUCGAGGGCGAACACGUACAAUUUCGACUAUCCGCAAGUGCCCUACACCGUGAAAAAUUUCCACCCUCGUUGCGCAGUGAACAAUUACAACGAUCCGUCAAACGUGAGGAACUGCGAGUUGGUUGGUCUCCACGACUUGGAUCAGAGCCAGGAGUACGUCAGGUCGAAGCUUGUUGACUUCCUCGACGAUCUGGUUGCAGUUGGUGUUGCCGGUUUUCGAGUCGAUGCUGCGAAACACAUGUGGCCGAGCGAUUUGAAAACGAUUUACUCGAGAGUGAGAAAUCUGAACACGACGCACGGUUUCCCUAAAAAUGCACGACCGUACAUAUUCCAAGAGGUGAUCGAUUACGGGAACGAGGCAAUCUCGAAACGGGAGUACAACGAAAUGGCGGCGGUGAUCGAGUUCAAAUAUUCAUAUGAAAUUUCCAAUGCGUUUCGGGGGAACAAUAAUCUGAAAUGGUUGGUAAACUGGGGAGAGCAAUGGGGUUUCUUACCUUCGAAGGAUUCUCUCGUUUUCGUCGACAAUCACGACACCCAACGCGACAAUCCUCAAAUCCUCACUUACAAAUACUCCAAACAGUACAAGAUGGCUGUCGCAUUCAUGCUGUCCCAUCCAUUCGGCACCCCACGAAUAAUGAGCUCCUUCGACUUCCAAAGCAAGGAUCAAGGACCGCCUAACGACGGCAAUGGCAACAUUCUGUCGCCUGUGAUCCACGACAACAUUUGCAGCAACGGAUGGAUCUGCGAACACCGUUGGAGGCAAAUCUUUAACAUGGUUCGUUUCCGCAAUUUGGUCAAAGGAACGAGGAUCGAUAAUUGGUGGGAUAACGGAAGCAAUCAAAUCGCAUUCAGUCGGGGAUGUUCCGGAUUUGUCGCGUUCAACGGAGAUCGAUACGAUCUGAAGCGAAAUCUGAAAGUCUGUCUACCUCCUGGCCACUAUUGCGACGUGAUUUCUGGUAAUUUGGAGAACGGAAGAUGCACUGGCAAGGUUGUCACUGUGCAAUCGGAUGGAAAUGCUGGUAUAGAGAUCGGUGCAGGAGAAGAGGAUGGAGUUCUUGCCAUUCACGUUAAGGUGAGUGAGUUUGAUAAGAAGUAAAUGAGAGAUUUUUUUGUCUUAUAUAAGUUCUUAUAUAAGUGGAAGGGAAAGUAAAAGUUUAUUGAGAUUUGUAAUAUUUUUUUUUAUAGAUUUUUUGAUUUAGUUGUUUACUCUUUCUUACUAACUCAACGUUAAUUCAUAAAUUAUUGUAAUAAAAUGCAAUGAUAAAGAAACUUGCUUGAAAAUAACAAUUUUAUCUUCAGGCUAAAAUGGCGUAAAGGAAUCAUAAACAUCAGAAGAGAUUGCGAUUGAACGAAGUGGAAGAUUCUUAAAAUUCAUCUUGCGACGAGAAAAGAUUGUAUUUAAUUCUUCGUAGAGCAAAUAACUAUUAAAUGUAUAUUGUUUACGUA